GGACGCCAUGGGUACCCGUCGUGCCCAGAGUUUGUUGUUCCUCCUCCUCCUGGGAGCCCCCUCCUUGGCCUCGGUGCAAAACUUAUAUUGUCACAAGGGCGUGUUCACCAGUAUAGAAGAGGACCCAAGCAGUAUGUUUAACUGGACCACGGAGAAGGUUGAGAGUUGUGAGGGCGGGUCAUUCUGCCAGGAAUCCCUUCUGAUGGUCAAAGCAGGGGCCAAGACCGCAGUUUUGGCCACUAAGGGCUGCAUCUACGAUGGGACGCAGGCGGUGACGUAUGUCAAGCACUCCCCACCCCCAGGCAUAAUCACAGUCUCCUACACCAGCUAUUGUGAGGAUUCCUUUUGCAACGGCAGAAAGGACCUCCAGGAGCUCUGGAGGCCGGCAGAGACCCUAGAAGCCUCGAGAGCUCCCAGUACCUCAGUACCCUUCUACUGCCCAACCUGUGUGGCUUUGGGGACCUGUCUGACUGCUCCUUCCCUUCCUUGUCCCAAUGAUACAACUCAGUGCUACCAAGGAAGACUUCAGAUCACUGGAGGAGGCAUCGAUUCUUUUUUGGAGGUGAAAGGUUGUACAUCCAUAACUGGUUGCAGGCUGAUGGCUGGGUUCUUUACCAUAGGACCCAUGUGGGUGAAGGAAGUUUGUCCGUACCAGUCUCUCCCUCAACCCCGAAAGACUGAAAAUGGGGCCACCAGGCUUCCUGUUUCAGUUUGGAGGUUCGAGCUGCUGCUGCUGCUGCUGUUACUGCAAUAACUAACUUGUCCAUUGUUCCUGUGGAGACACUUCUGGUCCUGGAUCACAGGACACCUCUUUUGACCGGGAGCCUUCUGACUGCUAGUCACCAACAAGUUGAGAUUUGAAGAAAGGAGCG